AUGACGUUAAUAGGAAACUUCAUCAUAAUCUACCUUAUCUUGAAGGACUCUCAUCUCCACAACCCAAUGUAUUUCUUUCUGGGUAACCUGGCCUGUUUGGAUAUCUUGUCUACCAGUGUCACGCUCCCACGGUUGCUUUAUGAUUCUUUCAGAAAACAAAGGACAAUAUCUUCUACAAGUUGUAUAACUCAGCUCUAUUUCUCCCUCACGUUUAUCAGUACAGAGACUUUCCUGCUGGGUGUAAUGUCCUAUGACAGAUACGCGGCAAUCUGCUUCCCACUACAUUACGCUCACCUCAUGCGCUGGAAAGUCUGCACAGAGCUCGCCCUUACAGUGUGGGUUUUUAGCCUUCUAUAUUCCUUGAUGUACACUGUUUCAACUUUACGUCUGUCUUUUUGUGGUCCAAACAACAUUCAAAGUUUCUUUUGCGAAUUGCGCCAGCUGCUCCAGCUCUCGUGCAACAAUAACUUCAUCAACAUCUUGCUUGUCUUUGUCAUUGGUGGAUUUAUUGCGCUAGGUUUUUUUCUUAUGACCUUCCUGCCGUACAUCAGUAUCUUCAUCGCUGUUCUGAGCAUUAAUACAAAUACAGGAAGGCGUAAGAUGUUUUCUACCUGCGGUUCUCAUCUCACUGUAGUCUUUAUGUUUUAUGGCACAUGUGGCUUUAAUUACUUUCACCCCAGUACAAGUUAUUCGUCAGUAAGCAAGCAUGUGUCUGUCGCAUACACCAUAAUAACCCCCUUCCUAAAUCCUCUGAUCUACAGUUUCAGGAAUAAUGACCUAAAAAGGGCCUUAAGGAAUGAAUUCAUAAUCUUUAAAAGGACAUAA